AAAACGUUAAUUGAAAUCACGAUUAGCUAUUUGAAGGAUUCGUGAACACAAUAUGGCGGAAAUGAAUCUGUCUUGGACCACGUGACGGCGUCUCCUUACCUUCUACCUCCAUAAAUAUGACCUGCUUUUCAUCGUCAAUAAUAUAUGGAUAAGCAGUCUAUAUAAACUAUAUCAUUGGUUUUAAUUUGUAAAAUUGAGACUUUCAUAUGUCACCGUUGGCGACACUGCGUUCAUUUGGAGGGAAAUUUUCUGUCACCUGUCAGUAUUGUCAGUCAACAACCAGUUAUUUGCCAUUUUCAAAAUUAAUAACAAUUUUUAUAAGUUUUUCGAUUAUAUACAUUUUAAAACAAAUGGAUAUGGAAGUAGACACUGUAGAAAUAGUUGAUAAUCCCGUCGCAGGACCUUCUAAAAGACCUGAUGAAGCAGCACAUAAUAAAAAGCAUUGCAAUUUGCCUUGGAUUGAAAAAUACAGACCUCACACAUUCGAAGAAAUAGUAGGUAACGAAGAUACCAUCGAAAGGUUAUCUAUUUUUUCCAAAAAAGGAAAUGUACCCAACAUUAUAAUAGCUGGUCCACCCGGUGUUGGAAAAACUACAACUAUAUUAUGUCUAGCUAAAAUAUUACUAGGUCCAUCUUUUAAAGAUGCAGUCUUAGAGUUAAACGCAUCCAAUGAUAGAGGUAUUGAUAUAGUUAGAAAUAAAGUUAAAAUGUUUGCUCAACAGAAAGUUACUUUACCACCAGGAAGGCACAAGAUGAUUAUUUUAGAUGAAGUUGACAGUAUGACUGAUGGCGCACAACAGGCUUUAAGAAGAACAAUGGAAAUAUACAGCAACACUACCAGGUUUGCUUUGGCUUGUAAUUACAGUGAAAAAGUUAUAGAAGCCAUUCAAUCGCGUUGCGCCAUUUUGAGGUACUCAAAAUUAACAGAUUCGCAAGUCAUGGCACGAAUUUUACAGAUUUGUGAAAAAGAAAAUGUGAAAUACACCGAUAGCGGCAUCGAAGCGAUAGUUUUCACCGCCCAAGGCGAUAUGCGGCAAGCUCUAAAUAACCUCCAAUCGACCCAUAACGGUUUCGGGGAGGUCAAUUCGGGAAACGUCUUCAAAGUUUGCGACGAGCCGCAUCCGAUGCUUAUCAAAGAUAUGUUAAAAAGUUGUAUGGAAGGCGACAUCAGAAAAGCUUACAAGGUGAUCGAACAUUUGUGGAAUUUAGGGUACGCCGCUGAGGAUAUUAUUAAGAAUAUUUUUAAAGUGUGCAAGAAUAUGGAUAUGGAAGAAGGUUUGAAACUUGAUUUUAUAAAGGAAAUUGGGUGGACGCAUCAGCGUAUCGUUGACGGUUUGUGCACGUUAAUUCAAAUGUCAGGUUUAUUAGCAAAAUUAUGCAAAGCCGCUACAGGAGAAGGAAAGUUUUAAAUUUUUUCUAUUUUUUAUAAAUUUAUUUUCAAAGUGUAUUUUAAUUAAAAAAAUAAGAAAA